AUGACUCUCAGGUCAUGGUACACGUCACACCCUGGGAAUAGUAUUGGUGAGGAACCCGGCCGCAGUGGAGAGCAGGCACCACCAGAGUUGGCGCUGGAGGGAGAGGGGCUAGAUGAGGGGGAUGAGGAGGAGGCUGUUGAUGUGGGGGGGGGAACCGGAGUGGCUCGGAAGCUGCGGCAGGCAGGAGUGUCAGCGCUGGCAUACAGUGCAAAGCUGGGCGUGGCUGACAGGGACGACCACCAGGACAGGUGGGGUGCCUGCACGGCGCGGCCGGGCUGUGAUUUACUGCUGCAAUCGUCCCCUCCCCUUCUCUUCCCCUCUCCCCACAUCCCCCUCUUCCCCACUCCUUACGCCCCCCCCUUCCCCUCUCCCCCUGUCCCCUCUCCUACCACGGCCCCUGUACCCCUCUUCUCCUAUCCCCACGUCCCCCUCUUCUCCUUUCCCCACGCCCCCCUCUUUCCUCUCCACCUAUUCCCCGCUACCCCUCUCCCAACUUCCCCCUCUGCCCCUCUUACCCCUUCCCCCUCUUCUCCCGCCCCCCUGUCCCCGUCACCCCUGCACCCGUCGCCCCAUACUGCUUAA